GUUGGGCGCUUGGUUCCAUUCGGGAUUCGGCCAUUCCAAAAUCCCAAUUUACUAUUUGCCUCUACCAGUCUUCCCUCUUCCCUUCCCAAGUUCUCAGUUCGCAAGUCGCAACUUGGCCGGCAGCUGGCACUCCCUCACAGCCUCACUCCCAGUCCCAGUUCCCUUCAGCUUCACCUUUCCUUCCCAGUUCCCUUCCCACUUCGCAGUUCGCACGCAGUUGGCGAGUUCAAACCUCCUGUUCCAGAUCGGCAGAUCAAGUCUUCCCCUUCGGACUUCGGCUCCCACCUUCCCAACUUCGCAGCUCGCACUCUCGCAGACUCGCAGUUCUCCUUCGUACCUUCCGUCCUUCAGGGGAUGGGUGAUAAGAAGAAGAAGGCUGCUGCGGUGUUCAUCAGGCUUGUCUCAGCUGCUGGGACUGGAUUCUUCUAUGUGAAAAAGAAAAAUCCUCGGAAGCUUACAGAGAAGCUCGAGUUUCGGAAAUAUGAUCCUCGUGUAAAUCGCCAUGUCUUGUUUACAGAGGCAAAGAUGAAGUGACCAAGAAGCCUGUUCAUGAUAAAUCUCUUUGUUGUUAUCCCACUCUUUUCCCGAAUCGGCAAGACAUCUUGUUGUGAGACGAUUUUCAAAUUUGGUACAAUUUGAAUUAUUGCUUUGUUGUCUGGGUGCAUGGAACACUUUCUGUUUCUUUCAAAGAGAAAUUGAACUCAUCUCUCGGUGGCUAUAUGUAUUUCUGUGUCAUUUUUCUGAACCAAAAUAUCUUUAUUCUCAGUGUGGAAUUCUGAAUUCCAACCUUUGAAAAUGCAGUUUAUAUGCAUGUAAUUGGAAGUCUGGCAAAAAAAUAAAAUGUGGUUCUCAGAA